UCCGAUCUGAAGGCAAGAAAUUGAAACACGGUUUGACUUCCGAACGUACAUGGGCCGGUCAAUGUGCACUUUCAAAACAACGAUUGUAUUGUUAUUAUAUCUGGUACAGCAGCCAGGAACAAGUCUAUAAUGGCCACAGAAGCAGCCCUUUAAGAAAGUACAUUCACUGUUUACUUAAUCAUCAUGGCAGCAGCCUAUUCAAACUUCACAAGAAAAUUCCUUCUCAAUUUCACAGACGUCAAAUCAAGUAGUAGGCUGUUGCCAGCAUUAAUCUGUUCAAGAUUGCAAAGACAGGAUUAUUCCAGCUGUCCGAACAGCUCGUGUAGACGCCCCUUUAACAUCCACCCAUUAUGCAGGAAUGUGGGCGACGCCACAAGUCAGGCCAUUCUCAUCUCGGUGCCAAAGAGAUGUAUGGCGGGACACAGCAAAUGGCAGAACAUAAAACGAACGAAAACCGCCAAAGACUCGGAACGAAACAAAGUGUUUUCACAAUUUGCCAAUCAGAUAAGGGCAGUUGUACAAGCUACUGGUGUGUCGAACCCCAAACAGAAUGCCACAUUAGCCAGGAUCAUAGCUGAUGCCAAGAUGAAGAAUGUUCCUUCUGCUACCAUUGAUGCUGCAUUGGCAGCAGCUGCAAAGGCCCGAGACAAUUCCUCUGUGGUGUUCUUCGAAGGACGUGGUCCUUGUGGGACGUUCUUCAUCAUUGAAGCAUUUACUGCCAAGCCCACAAAAACAAAGAACGACCUUCAAAAUAUUAUCAAGAGGUUUGGGGCUUCUAUUGGCGAAUCAGGCAUGGCAAGACAUGCUUUUGACAAGAAGGGUAUCAUCAUGGCAACUCUUUCGGAGGAGAACGUUGACAUGGACAAGUACGUGGAUGUUGCUAUUGAAGCUGGGGCCGAAGAUGUCACCACAGAGAAGGAUGAGAUGGAUGAAAGUUUUCUUAAAUUUAUAUGUGACCCGACGACCUUGAUGUCUGUGAAGGGCAAGCUGGAGGGUGAGGUAGACGUCCGUUCUUUCAUGGUGGACUACCUGCCGCUGACCACCGUCACCCCCCAGCCACAGGAGCAGGAGGUCCUGGAGAAGCUCAUUGAAAAGAUGGAAGAAAACCCGGAUGUCCAACGAGUGUUUUUCAAUGUCAGUGGACCUGAUUCAUGACACUCAACACUAGAUUAUCUCUGUCUGAGGGUGUUGAAGUCGUGAGAGCUCUGUACUGUUUUUGAGAACUGGAACUCAUGAAGUAGAUUUGAUGUGAUGUACUGUGAUCUAAGGCUAAAAAAAUAAUAGUCUUUGUUCUCAAGCACUGCCCUCAUCAUCAUAAAGUUCUUUGCACAUUUCGUUUUUGUUUCCAUUUUCAAUUUUUUGUGUGCAUUGUGUUGAAGUAUUAUAUAUUUUUAAAAUGGAAAUUAAGACUUUAGGAGGAUGCUGGUGGUGCCUGAGAACCAAAACUAUUAUUUUAUAAACAUAAAUGGAUAAUAAAUUACAUUUAAACACU